AUGAUUCUAUUUCUAUUCCAGAUAACUCGUGCUAAUGAGUUUUUCAAAGUUUCAAAUAUCACAUUUGGCUCUCAUGAAAAUCUAAUAGACGGUGAAAUUAUCAUUGACAAAGAAGGUCAGACAAAGUACUUUGCUUUUGAUUGCAUGGCUCAAGAGGGAAAGGUGAUACAUUUAACAAAAAUUUACGAAAAAUACAUGGAGCACAAGAUAAAUUUUAAUAAGAGUACAGCUCCCUUUAAAUUUUAUUUUAAAGAAAUGACUCCUUCUUAUAAAAUGGAGAUGGUUCUCAAACAUAUUGGGAGUAAAGAUUUUAAACACGUUUCUGAUGGUUUGAUUUUUACGGCGGUUAACGCACCUUAUACAAUUGGCACGGACAAAAAUAUUUUAAAAUGGAAGCCCCCACACUUGAAUACCGUCGAUUUUGUAUUAGACCUAGAGUUUCAGCAAGUGAAUGAUGAGAAAAAAAAGUUCAAGUAUAAAGACUAUGAUAGCAAACCUAGGGGUCAUUUGUUUAUAGGAUCUGGUGCUAAUAAUAUUAAAGAAGUUGGCAUUCUUUCUUUUUCUAAAGAUGAAUGGGAAAAUUUGAAAUUCUUGAAAGAACCUUUGAUAGAUCGCAUUAUAGAAUGUUCUUGUGAAAACAAACAGUGGAGGUUUUUAAGAAUGCGAGAAGAUAAAGAAACACCAAACCAUAUUUCGGUUUAUAACAGCGUUCUCGAAUCAAUUUUUGAUAAUAUUACUGCACAAAAACUUUUAACCAUAGUACCUACUAUUGCAUAUAACUGGAAACAAGUACGUCAUCAUUUCGAUAAUGUUUUCCAACAAAUGAAGCCUAAAAAGCGAUCAGGAGAGCCAUUAGAUUCAUUCGAAUCUAAAGCCAUCAGACAAAAGAUUGAAGAUCGAAAUUAA